ACUCAUGACGUCAUGAAUUUGGCGAUAACUUGAUUGAGAAAAUCUCAUAGUAAUAAUAAUAAGACAACUCUGAGGAGAAAAUUAAAUGGUAGAAGAAAAAAGUUUUUUGUUAUCACCCAUUUGAAUCUGAUCUUUAAGGAUACACCCUAUACAAGAUGAAUUUACCUGUCUUGCUAAUGGUGGUAACCAGUAAUUAUCAAUAUGAUGAUCACUCUAUUGCUGUGGUAGGCAAAAGAAGCUCCUUCAUUUUAGAAAAUAAUUCAGGGUGGAUCCCAGCACCUCAAGAAAACUAUGAAGUUCAAAAUAUUGGGAGAGUUGAUGUUACCGCUCAGUUGUGGUAUGGAGAUGAAGCGUUUGCUUGGUGGGGAAUAGUAACAGAAACUACAUUAAAACCAGGGGAAGUAAAAAUAUUGGAUAACGGUGGAAAAAUAUAUUACUACACUGGAUUGUUCAUAAUAAAUAAUAACAGCACUAGAGCCAUUGUUCAUGCUACUGGCGGCGAAUUGUACAAUCCUUGUGUUCCUCCAAAAAUUAACUAUAUGCUGUGGCUCAGACGAAUAGCCUAUUUUGCACUGAAGAGAAUCCCUUAUGGGAAAAAUUUUUCAAAACUUCUCAACCUUUUCUGGCCACAUAAACAACCGAAUGUUUGGCAAAACGUAACCCAAAAUAUAUCGCCGUUAUUAGAAAAGCAGGAACUUCAAAUCAUACAGAGUAUUCUUGGAAAUGAGGUUCUUUACUACAAAGAUCAAAUCGCCAGUCUUCAGGACGAGUUGAAGGAUAAUAAUAAAACUAGGGAACAUUACAUGAACAUUGCAUAUUCAUUAGUUGGUUUUGAGCUUAAAUUUGUGAUGCCUAAUACUUUUGAGGACCACAAUACUGUUAACUUCUAUAUCUUGCCCCUUUAUACCAAUGCAGUUUCAAUGAAGAUGCAUUUUUAUACAAUAGGUAUUCAGCAAAAAGAUCAGAUUGGCUUAAUGGAUGAUGAUGUCUCAAACAUCCAGAAAUAUAUGAACAGAACUGUUGCACAUUCUUCCGAAUACAUUAACUCUAUGCUCAAGUGGCCAGUUGAUAAUGCUUAUAACACGUCUACAGCAGAAGGUAUUUUUGACAAUAUGAUGACAGUUAGAAGUCACCUGGCUUUACAUGGAGAGGAAUAUCUACCUUUCUGGAACCACAUGAUGAAUAAUCCAUUAGCAAAUGACACAGAUGUUUACAAUCAUGUGAUUUCUUAUUCUGACUUUUUUGGUAGAGCCACCGCAAAUCUCUAUGCACAAGCUACCCCUGAGGAAGUUCCGGAGCCUUUAAAUCCAAGACUCAUUAAAGGAAAGAGGAAUAAACUAAUCAACAUAAGAGUGUACCUUUGGGAUCUCGAGAUGACUGCAGUAUCGGGAAUGAGACUUGAGUUUUCAAGCCAAGAUAUUUACCAACUAGGUACAGUCACUGAGAAGUUUGCCGAGUUUGAUUUGCGGGAUACCUACAUUGAGAAACUGAUAGCGUUUGGUGAAGGGGAGAUAGAUGGUUUAAAGUUCUUUUUGGAAGAUGGACGUACAUUUAUGUUUGGAACUGUUACAUCUAAAACAUUCAAAACUUUUGAGAUGCCAAAUCAUCAUAUAGUUUCCUUAUAUAUGUCGAGUGACUAUAAGACUCUUCACAAUAAAGCUGCAAAUAUAGCUGUUUCUUAUCUGUGGAAAAACUAGUAAUUUAUAAAUUGCUCAUAUAAUAUAAUAUGGUAAAGCUGUGGCUACUUGCACUGUGGUAAAAUGUAAUAAAAUUUUUUUUUGUUAGUUUUGAAAAAUAUGUACAGUGGAAAUGUUUUCAGUAAUGUAACUUUAAUAGAACUCCUGCUGAAAGUUGAAAAAAAUAGUCAUAAGAAUAAUAGAAAUAAGGCAUCGAGAUGUACAAAGUGACACCAGAAGAUGAUUGUGUGUGGAUACAACUCCUUACUCAAUGUAUCGCCACUUUUGACAAUAUAUUUUUGUGAUAUAUAUA